AUGGGUGACACCGCCAACGAAAUCAAGCUGCUUUCGGGCAACAGCCACCCCAUGCUUACGCGCCUCGGCAUCGAACCCGCAAAAACGCUGAGCUUGAACUACUCGAACCAGGAGACCAGUGUUACUAUUGGCGAGUCUGUCAGAGACGAGGAUGUCUUCAUUCUGCAGUCAACCGCUCCGGGCGACAUCAAUGACGGCCUGAUGGAGCUUCUCAUCAUGAUCCACGCUUGCCGCACGGCCUCCGCCCGUCGCAUCACGGCCGUCGUCCCCAACUUCCCUUAUGCCCGCCAGGACAAGAAGGACAAGAGCCGCGCUCCCAUCUCCGCCAAGCUAAUCGCCAACAUGCUCGAGACCGCCGGCUGCAGCCACGUCAUCACUAUGGACCUGCACGCCUCACAGAUUCAGGGAUUCUUCAGCGUCCCUGUCGACAACUUAUACGCCGAGCCCAGCGUCCUGCGCUUCAUCCGGGAAAACCCCAAGCUGCAGCGCGACGAGACCGUCAUUGUCAGCCCCGAUGCUGGCGGUGCGAAGCGCGCUACAUCUAUUGCCGACGGCUUGGAAAUGGCUUUUGCCUUGAUCCACAAGGAACGGCCGCGGCCCAACGUCGUUGGCCGCAUGGUCCUGGUUGGCGAUGUCCAGGACAAGAUUGCUAUUUUGGUCGACGAUGCCGCUGCCACACUGAAGGAGCACGGCGCACGCGAGGUGAUUGCCAUCGUGGUUGUUGUCACCAACACCGUUCCCCUGGGCGACAAGCAGGAACGCUGCCCGAAGAUCAAGGUCAUCGACGUGAGCAGCACCAUCGCUGAGUCCAUUCGCAGGACACAUAACGGCGAGAGCGUCAGUUAUCUCUUCAGAAAUGUGCCUGUGUAA